AUGUAUAAACCAAUUCUAUUUCUUUUAGCUUUGGUUGCUUCGCUUGGUGUCCAAGCGUAUCCAACCACUUCGCCAGCUCCAAUCUGUGCUAGCAACAUUUGGAAUCAAGGUCCAGCUACUCCACCACCAGGAGCCAUCGUAGUUCCAGCUGGAAGCAACUCUGGCUUCUACUUUACCACCAACAAUGCUGUCUAUUGGUUCGCCCCAGGUGUCCAUUACUUCACUCAACACAUCUAUGCCAACAUUAUUCCAGGUAACUACUCCACCUACAUCGGUGCCCCAGGUGCCAUUCUCGAUGGUAACAACACCAAUUUGUAUGCCUUCACUCAACCAUCGCACCAUGUCACCGUAAGAUAUCUUGAGAUCAGAAACUUUGGUUUGGGUGCCACCAACAACGAUGAGGGUACCGUCAAUCAUGAUUCCGGUGAAUACUGGACUGUCGAAUACAACUACAUUCAUCACAACGAUGGUGCUGGUGUUUUCAUGGGUUCGCAAUCCGUUACCAGAUUCAACUGUCUUGCUUACAACGGUCAAUAUGGUUUCAGCUCUUACGAUGUCAAUGGAAUUCACAAUGUCGUCCUCGAAAACAAUGAAGUCGUUGGAAACAAUCAAGAUGACUGGGAGACUCGUCGUAAAGGUUGUGGUUGCACUGGUGGUGGUAAGUUCUGGGAUUCCAAGGGUGCCGUCGUCCGUAACAAUUGGGUCCAUGACAAUCUUGGUCCAGGUCUUUGGGCUGAUCACAACAACGCAAACUUUACCUUUGAGAAUAAUUUGAUCGAGAACAACCAAGGUAUGGGUAUUUUCUAUGAAGUCAGCUUCAAUUUCAUCAUCAGAAAUAACACCUUUAGACGUAAUUCCAUCGUCAACGGUCUUGCUCGUCAAGCCAGUGGUAACGCAUUCCCAGAGGGUGCCAUCUAUAUCUCUGAAUCUGGUGGUGACUCACGUGCUCCAGGUCCAGCACAAAGUGAAAUCGUUGGAAAUCUCUUUGAUAACAAUUGGGAUGGUGUAGUUCUAUGGGAAAAUGCCGACCGUUUCUGUCGUCCAAACGAAACCUUUGAUACUACCAAUGGAUGUCCAUGGUUCAAUCGUACCUGGGGAGAGCGUUACAAGACUCAAAACAUCAAAGUUCAUCUCAACGAAUUCUCUUUCAAUGCCUCCCAAAUCGGAUGUACCGAUCUUUACUAUUGUGGUCGUAACACCAUCUUCUCCAACUGGGGAUCAUGGCCAGCCAACUCACCAUACAAGGGAACUGUCAUUCAACAAGCCAUCACCUUUAACCAAAACAAUGUCUUUGUCAACAACACCUACAAUGGUCCAUGGAACUUCCUAACCAAAUCGAUGGACAACAACAUCAACUAUGCCACCUGGCGUGCUGCACCAUACAACCAAGAUGUCGGAAGUACCUACUCCUCGCCAAUUGGAACACCAUUGCCAACAUCAACUCCAACCAGUACUCCAACACCAACCUCCACCCCAACUCCAACUGGUCCAGUCGCCAACUACCUCGAUGCCGACACAUCCACCGGUGAAGGAUCCGUCGGUAAAUGGUCUACCUGGUACUCUGCAGAUGUUCUCCAAUCCAACAUUGCCAAGAGCGGAUCCCACAGUAUCCAAAUCAAUGUUACCAAUUCAUGGGGAUACGGUGUCAUCCUUUCCAACUACCCAGGUUUCGCCACCACCCCAGGACCCAAGGUUGUCAGCUUCUGGUCAAGACUUGUCCAAAACACCGGUACCUCUGCUGUCACUGUCACUGUCACCGUCCAAUGGUUCACCAGCGCUUCAGCAUUGCUCGACACUCAAACCAUCACCUUGACACCAGUAACCACCACCUGGACUCAAGUAUCGUCGACUCUUACAGCACCAGCUACCACUGCCUACGUUCUUCUCAAGCUCACCGGUCCAAAUAUCGCUGGAACAUCUUACCUUUUGGAUGACGUUGUCGUAGGAGAUCAAAUCUAA